AUGGCUGUGCAACUGCGCAACAACGUCAGCCUGGAGGAGCUCGUCAAAUCGGUCGAGCAUCACCACGAGCAAUACUUGCGCAGCCUCCACAGUUUCCACGAAGUUCUCAACCUCCCAAAGAAAGACGACAGCCGCAACACAAUCCAAAGCCUAGCAACUACUCCUCCUUUGCGCGCCUUCACCUUCACUAGCGACGCCAACAGCAUCUUGCAUGUGCUGCCCCGUCUUCGUCGCGAUACUCCCGAUACCCACGAACGGCCAUCAUGUUACCCUUCGCCCAAGUUCUUGCCGCUCACGCCAAAUCUCCAAGGAAGCGGCGGCUACGUGAUUCCCGAUGACGAGAUUCCCUUUAUCCCUCUGCUGGAUCAGGCUUCCACGCAGGGAUCUCGCCAUCUGCCCGCCGACGCAGCUACCAUUUCGUCGUCCCAUGUCCACCAGGUGCUCACCCCGAUGAGCUUCUCCGACGACAUGCUCCUCAGACACCUCCGCGACUCAGAAUUCUGCGAAGAGUUUUCUAGUUUGCUGGUUGAUGAAGACGAGCCUCUGCGGCCGUGGGAUAUUGAUUCGCCACAGUCGUUCCGCGAGUUUGCCGCUGUUGAGAGGGAGCGCUUUGAAAGCUCGACGUUUGAGGUGUACGAGGUUGAAGAAGAUGCUCGGGCAGUUAAAAUGAAUGUCGAUGUCGAUGUACAGGGCUUUGUCAAACAUAUUGGUGAUGAAUCCCUAGAGCCUCCGGACAACAUCGUUGAUGCCCCGAUCGUAUGGGAGGCCAUCAAAGACAUCAAUCCCAGUGGCAAAGCUGUCGGUCGUAUCACCAUCGUCCAAGAACCAACGCCUCUCAUGCUCGCCGCCUUACACCUUACCAUGUCACCUCACUUCGACAUGACAGAGCUUCUCCAUCAUCUCCUAUCCGAUACCCCCAACCGCGGCCGGACUCAUGCCUUCAUGCACCGUGCCUAUGAACGAACUCCGUCAGCUUAUCCGUCCUCGCCAAUCCUACCGCCUCUAGAUCCCUCCAACGGUAUUAAGGAGACGCCACCAGUCUCCUUCUCAUACCUCCGUCAGCGGUCCUUCUUCUUCGUCUUUAAAUACUACACACUCCUCGGCGAGGGUCUCGAUCCCGCACCCUGGCAGCUCUACGAAAAACGCCCUUCAGACAAACGCCUCGGCGACCACAUCGACAUUGCAGAGUGCGGUUCCGUCCUCGCUCUCUCUCUCGGCGGCGAGCCCACCAAGACACUCAAGAUGCGGCCACGUAGGGAACGAGCCAAGGAGGGUUUCCUGUUUGACACGUUUGGUCCCUGGCAACUGCUUAGCAUCCAAAGCUUCCCUGACGAUGAGCAUACGGUCAGGGGAGAUGAUUUUCAGCUCAAGAGCUUCUGUAAUGGGCCGUAUGCCUUCUUAGAGCUGCUCAUCGCCGAGUAUCGUGACGCCGGCAAAAGAAACCAAAUCUUACAUGAGCGAAUCACCAAACUCAUCACCCCUCCUACAGAGUUCAUGUUCGACCACCGCCUCCGCGACAAGCUCCUCUUCGAAGACAAGCACUUCACUUACAUCCGACGCUACUUCUGGGCGUACAACACCCUCGCCGUCAUCAACACGGGCAUCAAGGCCAUGAUCGCCGCCUACGUCGACACCUUCACUGACGACUUCUGGGCCGGUUCGCACCCACUCCUCUGGCCUCACCCGUCGCCGCCGCAGUCCCCCGACGCCAUCGAGUACGCUGCGAAAAUGGCAGUCCUGCGCAGGGAGCUCGACAAGGUCGUCAGUGACCUAGGCGAGGUGCUCAAGCGUAACGAGCGUACGAGGAAGGAGAUUGAGAAUUUGAGAGACCAGCUGUUUAGCGGGAGCUCCAUCAAGGAAAGCAGAAGGGCCAUUGAUCAGGGCGACAACAUUCGCAUCUUGACUAUGAUCAGCAUGCUGUUCUUACCCCUGACUUUCGUCACUUCCGUCUUUGGCAUUACAGAAUUCACCAUCCCCGUGACUGACUGGCGCUUUCCUCUCACCAUGGUCCUCGUCUGUGUCCCGUUCAUGAUCCUCCUCUACCUCAUCCAAACCCGCCCCUUCAUCCAGUGUCUCCAAACACUCCAGCGUGCAACUCAAGCUUUAACUCUCCUCCCCACUCGUUUCCUACGUCUCUUCCCUCAUUUUCGCGAGCCAGAUCCCUCUGCCCAAGACAGCCGGGCCGCCUCCACGCCUUCGUCACCCAAGACCCGCAAGAGGAGGCUCAUCGUCGGGAGGCGAGGCGGGGGCGGAGGUAGUAUCAACGGCGCUGCCAUAUCGUGGCGUCGACCUUGGGCCUGGAUGAGAAGGGCGGCAGGCGGAGAAGAGAGCGACUUGGGGAGAGUAUAA